UCAUGUUCCUCGUCUGCUGAUGAACACUACUCAAUCGACUCUACCGCUCCAGCGAACCUUCAAUGUCAAAAUGAUAAUUUCGAUCGCAUCGCAUCUGUCCGCUCAGUCAGCCGCUGGACGCAACAGUUAUGACGCAGUCAUUCCCUCCGUAUCGCAGCUUGUUCCCCUUCCUGACAACAGUACAUCCUGCUCUCCCCGCGCUAUUUGCGGUGAUAGUGAUCAUCGAGCCCACAGUCCUGAAACUUGGAAUGCAGCACGACACCUCUCACAUGACACUGAUGGUUUGCGGAUUUACUAUCAGAACGCGAGAGGGCUUAAGACGAAAAUUGAUGACGUGUAUUUAGCUGCUGUGGACGGUGACUACGAUGUUUGCGUCUUCACCGAAACAUGGCUCGAUGCGCGUAUAACAUCAGUGCAGCUUUUCGGCGAUGCUUACACCGUAUACCGUUAUAUCCCUACGGACGAUUAG